AUGGAAAUCUAUACGCGACUCAUUUCCGGCAGCUCGCUUAUGAACCAAAUAGAUCGAGGUGUAGUCACUAUUCCAAAAUCCGUUACAAAAUCGAGACUGCAACAAAAUAUCGACAUCUUCAAUUUUUCAUUGUCUAAAGAAGAUAUAGCCUAUUUGGACGGAUUUGAUUGCAAUGGACGGUUCUGUCCAAUGAAGGAUGGCCUUGGCAAUCCUCACCAUCCAUUCGAGAACGAUGAAUUUUAAUCCGCAAUUUGUCAUCACCAGAUGCACUAUUGGAUAUGUUUGUACUGGAAAUAAAUUCUAAGCAUUGUUACAUUUCAUUGUGUAUGUCCAUUAUCCAAUAAAAGCAUACUGCACCCAAUCAACCGUUUGUUGUUAUGUAGUUUUAUUGGAUUUAUCACCAUUGAACAUGCAAAUCUGUCAAUAAAGACUGAAU